CUCCCGAUGAUGAAUCCACAAGGCCAUUCCUAACCUGAUUUCGAACCUCCUCCGACGAUACCUUCGAGUCCUCGGUUACCUCCAAACUGAAUCGAUGGUCCAUGGGCCGAACUUUACGAUCCGGUGCCGUCAGACUCAUCGUACCGAUAACAACGACCAUGAGUUGCUUUAAAGGUGGAGACUUUGAUGCUGAACCUGAUUGUCAAUGAUGUUUAUCCGCACAACUUUGGUCAUCGUCCCCAUCAGUGUCUGGACUUUCUGGAGAUGCGGCAACUGCACCUGCCCAAGUCUACGUGGGAAUGGGUUUGCUCGCUGGCUCCACCGUUACUUACGUCCUGUGUCAUUAGCUAUUUGACUGCACUUUGAUUGGAGUAGUGUGAUGAAUGAAGAAGAUAAUAGAGAAAAACAGGAACAACCAUUCUCAUUGGAAGUGGUGACAUGGCUACAAGUAAAGGGGAGCUCUUGAGAGCUACUGCUGUGGAAGAGGAUACUUCUUCGCUUCCUCUACCGACGCUGCUUAAACCAGAGCUCAAGCAUGGAAAGAAACCUCUUUUCGAUCUCAUGGAGGCUAUUAGAGAGAUAAAGAGUGAGUGAGGAGAGGACGAUCUGGACUCAUCAUAUAUUCAUGAGAAAAACACUUUUCUAAUUAGAUGAGCUUUCCUGUGAGGAUGCUUUGAGGGAGAACGUUGGUGCAUUUAUGAACGCCUUAUUGCUAGCAAAAGCCUGCCGGAUUGAAAAAGAAUUUGGCGAUGAUGGACAGGAAGUGGUGUUCUCUGACGUUUCUGACAAGUAUUUGCCUGAUAUUAUUUCUCCUUGGCUCUUAUGCUGCUUACGAGCAUUUUCGUCGUGUUGAUGCUCGAGAAGACAACGAAAAACAUUAUGUGACACUGCAAGUAGAAGCUUCCAACGCCACAGGACGACCCAUUCCUGAAACCCUUUUUGGGAUCUUCUUUGAGGAAAUCAAUCAUGCUGGAGCAGGUGGACUGUGGGCUGAACUUGUUAGCAACAGAGGAUUUGAAGCUGGUGGACAAAUCAUUCCUUCCAGUAUCUGGCCUUGGUCCAUUAUUGGAGAUGAAUCAACCAUAUCUGUAGUUACAGACCGCUCUUCAUGUUUUGAGCGCAACAAAAUUGCACUUAGAAUGGAAGUGCUUUGUAACAGCAGUGGUUGUCCAUCAGAAGGAGUCGGGGUUUAUAACCCGGGUUACUGGGGCAUGAACAUUGAAAAAGGAAAGAAAUACAAAGUGACCCUGUAUGUGCGUUCCACUGGGGACAUCGAUGUGUCUGUGUCUUUGACAAGCUCGAAUGGAUCACUAACUCUUGCAUCAGAGCAGAUUAUAGCUUUGGCUUCUGAGGUUUCAAAAUGGACAAAGAAGGAAAUGCUUUUGGAGGCAAAUGGAACAGAUGAUGGCGCAAGGCUUCAAUUGACAACUACCAAAAAUGGUUCAAUCUGGUUUGAUCAAGUCUCAGCCAUGCCUGUGGAUACUUAUAAGGGACAUGGUUUUAGGAAUGAUCUUUUCCAAAUGAUGGUUGAUCUCAAACCUCGUUUCAUCCGUUUCCCUGGUGGUUGUUAUGUGGAGGGUGAUUCGUUAAGCAACGCAUUCCAGUGGAAAAAAACCGUGGGAGCUUGGGAAGAGAGGCCUGGCCACUUUGGUGAUGUUUGGAACUACUGGACAGAUGAUGGUCUUGGCCACUUUGAGUUCUUCCAACUGGCUGAAGAUCUCGGUGCAGCUCCAAUAUGGGUGUUUAACAGUGGAAUCAGUCAUCAUGAUCAAGUUGAAACCGCACGUAUCAUGCCGUUUGUUCAAGAAGCGCUAGAUGGUAUUGAGUUUGCUCGUGGUGAUGCUAAUUCAACAUGGGGAUCAGUUCGAGCUGCAAUGGGACAUCCAAAGCCUUUUGGCCUUAAAUAUGUUGCUGUUGGGAAUGAAGAUUGUGGGAAAAAAUACUACAAAGGAAACUACCUUGAGUUCUAUAACGCUAUCAAGAAAGCCUAUCCAGACAUCAAAAUCAUCUCCAACUGCGAUGGAUCGUCUCAACCACUCGAUCACCCUGCUGAUUACUAUGAUUAUCACGUUUAUACUCUUGCCAAGGAGUUGUUUUCCAUGUCCCAUAUGUUUGACAAAACGUCGCGUGAUGGUCCAAAGGCUUUUGUUAGUGAAUACGCUGUGAACAUAACAGAUGCUAAUACUGGAAACCUUCUAGCUGCUCUUGGUGAAGCAGGUUUCCUCCUUGGUUUGGAAAAGAACAGUGAUGUUGUAGGAAUGGUAAGCUAUGCACCUCUCUUCGUUAACACAAACGACAGAAGGUGGUUGCCAGAUGCUAUAGUUUUCAACUCGUCUCAUUUGUAUGGAACACCAAGCUAUUGGGUCCAACAGUUCUUCACAGAGUCAAGUGGAGCAACUCUUCUCAGCUCUACUAUGGAGGGAAACUCUUCUUAUGUUGAAGCAUCUGCCAUAUCCUUCCAAAGCAAUGGCUCUGAUUACAUACAGAUUAAGGCUGUUAACUUUGCAAACGUGACAGUAGAGCUGAAGGUAAAGAUGACUGGAUUGGACUCGAGCAACACGAAAGCUUCUGCAAAAAAGAAGAAAGUACUUACAUCUGCCAGUGUGAUGGAUGAGAACUCCUUCUCCAACCCAGAGAUGAUUAAGCCACAAGAAAGCAUAGGGGUGAUGUCGGAGGGGAACUUCACGUUUGUUCUCCCUCCCUACUCCUUUUCGUCAUUCGAUAUUUAGUGUCACUAGACGUUGUAGACUCUAAGUUUUAUACAACAAUGAGUGCGUGAAUGAUAUGAUUACAUAUCAAUAAUAUGACGUUACAUUCUAUUUGA